UCUUUUUUUACCCACAAUAAGGGGGGUGGGCGGGCCCCCGGGCCCCUCCCCUAGAUCCGCCACUUCUUUGCCAGCAGACACGCUUUAAAACAGUUAAAAUAAUAGUUCGCAUUUGCCAGCAUGCAGUUUUCAAACUGAAUGACAUUGAUAUCUUGAGUUUAUUCCCUGGAGUGUUUCAAACAAUCUCAAGUUGAACUGUUGUCCUUAUGUUUUCAUUGCAACCAAUUUGUAUUUCCUAUUUUAAUAAAAGUUCCGCGUCGUGUAGAACCGUUUCCUUGAAAUAGAACUCGUGUGAGGAGGGGGUGGGGGCAAUUUCAAAGUAAAAACACUUUUUUAAAAGAAACACAAAGUUUGUAUCUUAUCUAGGUUAUGACCAAUAUUGUGUUAACAAAAAUAAGUUAUCUUGGUCGCGACUUAAAGUAAUAAAACCGGCAAUUCAAGCUGCAAAUCGCCUCGUAAAGAAUGAUUUCGAUAGUAAAGUAAAGUAAAGUAAAGUAAACUCCCUUAUUUAUGCACUACAUGCUUGAGGGGUCGUGUAUCUUAUUAAUUAUCUAAUUAUCGAUGGCCUCCCUCCCCUCCCUCAACCUAUGGCAGUAGAAUAUUCCGGGAAAUCGCCAGAUAAGCUGCGUCACACUGUCAGAACUUUUUCUUUGAUGACAUUUUAAGAUUAUAUAGUGCUGUAAAGCGAGAUAAGAGUCUGACAUAAUGCAGCAAGCUGCUGUAAAUCUUCCAACAAGAGUUAGAGUCGGGAGCAGAACAGUCAGAAUCCAACAGCGACUUGGCAAUGGCGCUUUUGGUGUCGUCUAUAAAGUCAAAGACGAGGCAAUUUUCACCGUCUACGCGUUAAAAGAUGUUCUUUGUUUAAAUGACCCGGCUCUUCGUAUUGCUGUCCGAGAGGCUACAACACUGAACAAAAUCUUUCAUCAGAACGUGAUUGCCGUCGUGGAAGCAGACCAGUUUCUAGAUAGUGAAGGCUUUAAACACAUGCUUCUUUUGACUGAGUAUUGCUCAGGCGGAAGCUUAAACGACCGCCUUGCUCGACCGAGUAGUGAAGAAAUGAAUAUGAAGUGGAUCAGUCAAACAGCCGCAGCUCUUGCACACCUCCACUCACGCGGAGUGGUUCACCGCGAUUUGAAGGCAGAUAAUGUGCUUUUGACUGCAACCGAGGAUGUGAAAUUGGCUGACUUUGGCCUCGCUCGCGAGUACACCGCACUCAAACGAAUUGAUGACGAAGGAUCAUGGCUGACAAAUUACACGAAAUACUAUAUGAACUCAGGAGUUGGUCCCGUACACUGGGUGGCUCCUGAAUUCUUCACUGGCCAUUACACCGAAAAAGCCGACGUGUUUUCCCUUGGUACCUUGUUUUUCGCGAUCCUAGAGCGAGAUUGCAUCGUGAUUAAUGGUACAGCAAUUUACGGUGCCUUCGUAAAUAUUCAUGGUACGGGCAAACUUGGCCUUGGUUAUGCAAUGGCACAUUGGGACUCCAGUAUCAGCAUUACGUUCUCAAGCCGUGCACAAGGGCCCAACGCUAUGCAAAGGGUAGUUCUUGAGGCCCUGCAGUACGAAAGAAAUGCUCGACCAAACGCUCAAGAGAUUUAUGACAAAGUCAUGAACAUUCUUCUAGAUGUAAGGCGCAACCAACAGCCCCAGCGACGUGUAAGGCCCCAACAACAGCACCAGUUCUCGCCCCAGCUACAGAGGAGAGCUGUACAUCGAGAAGAUCUGCAUCAGUCCCUAAAUAUUGACCCUUGUGCGUGGUCAGGAUGUGAGGAAUUCUUCAACAGAAGGUUCCGUUUUAACAACAGCAGCGGCUCCAACAACAGCAGUGGCUCCAACAACAGCAGUGGCUCCAACAACAACAGUCGCUCCAACAACAGCAGUGGCUCCAACGACAGGUCCCGUUCAAACAACAGCACAGCUCCAACAAGAGGUUCCGCUCUAACAACAGCAUGGCUCGAUCAACAUUGCUCCAACAACAGCAUGGUUCCAACACCAGGUUCUGUUCUAACAACAGCAGGGCUCGAACAAGAUCAUGGCUCCAAUUAUAGCAUGGCUAGAACAACAGAUUCUAUUCUAACAACACCAUGGCUCCAACAACAUCAUGACUCCGGCAACAGCACGGCUCAAAUAACAGAUUGUUAUCUAACAACAGCAGUGGAUCCAACAACAGCAGUCGCUCCAACAAUAGCAGUGGCUCCAACAUCAAGUACCGUUCCAACAACAGCAUGGCUCGAUCAACUGGUCCUGCUGAGUAUCCCUUUAUUUAUUCUUUUAUUAUUUUAUUAUUGGGCUCGACGUUAGGAGUUUGCAACAUAAACUCAACGCACUAGAGGACUGAGCCCUAGCGCUUAGCAGAAAAAAUCUCGAUUUUUGAGUUAUGUUUUGGUAAAAAAAAAUACCUGAGGCAUCUUAUAAAAUUUAUAUUUUCUUUCAAAGGUCUAGUUGUUUCACCUUCAAAAGUGUCUUCUCGGUUAGAUGCCUUUUAAAAGCGAUAUUAAUUUGAAAUGGUUUCCCGGAGAAAUUGUAUCUGAUCAAUGCUGGCAACAGAAUAAGACCAUGCUUUAGCAUUUUAUUACUUCUUGUUAUAGAAUGGGUCCAUAAAAAAUUACCCACCAAUCUGAUUCUACCGUUAGCUACUAUUUUAGACUGCAUGACGUUUAGUUGUCUUGCUGGGAACAGCUCCAUUGAAGUUCUUAUAAAUAAAGCGCUGAUCGAAUUGUUAGAAUCAAACCUUGAUAAAACUAGGCUGAUAUUACACUUCUUAA